AUGUUUGACCACACUCCUUUUUUCCUCAAGUGUGUGGCAAUCUACGAGCAGGAGCUGCAACAGUCUGGCCCGCGGCCAGCGGUCAAACAGCCGCCGCGCCACAGCAAGCUGACGGCCGGGAACACGUUUGUUCAGGACUCGAUCAAGCUCAACACCAUGAUCCUCCAGCUGGGAUCGUUUAUCAAUGAGAUCCAGACAGACUACCUGCUCAGCCACUCUAAAAAGCUGUCGGAGGCGGACAAGGACGAGAUCGACACGAACUUCAAGGUGCAAUUGGGCAUCCUCAACAAAAAGCUAGAGAGCCUGCGAACGUACGCCGAGCUGCUCGACAAGCAGCUCGAAACCAGCAACCCCGUCGAGGAGCUCGGCCGAAACCUGCUCACGAUGGGCGAGUAUGGCCAGACCGCCACGAUCGCCAACAAUACAGUCAUGGAAGUCCGUGCCAACAUCCUCAAGUCGCUCGGGUUGCGGCUGACCAAGAUCUCUGCGCAUUUUGUUUCCAUCAGCAGUCGGCGGAUGGAGCGCAAAAAGGAGCUCGCAAGGUCAACGCUCAACGCCAGCACGUACCUGCAGCAGGCGUCGUACGAGCCACUCGAGCAAGAGGUCGCGGAAAAGGCCAUUUCCAGCGAGUAUGGCGAGCUGACUGCGGAGCUUGGCCAGCAGCAGUUGCAGCAGCUAUCGCAGGAAAACGAGUCGCUUUUGCUGGAGAUGAAGAACGCACAGAUCGAGAGCGUCAGCCAGAUCGAGCAGUCGAUGCUCGAGAUAUCCUCGGUCAUCAACGAUAUCAAUCUACAGCUGCAUCUGCAGAACGACGCCAUCUCCGUGCUGAGCUCGCACCAGGACGACACCGUGGCCAACCUCAAGAUGGGCAACACACAGCUUGUCAAGGCCAACGAGCGAGCGAAACGGUCCGGCCAGAACCUCAGCUACCUGAUCCUAAUUCUCAGCUUCCUGCUGCUGGUUAUAGACUAUAUACUGUGACGAAAUAUUAUGCCACCAGCUCGAGGAUUUUCCCGGCGCCGAUGCUCCGCCCGUCUUUACGGACCACCACGCGGCCCAGCUUGUGGUUCUGUGCGACUGUCAAAAGGGGCAGCUCUCGUUCGAGCAGCUCCACCACGACCACGGCGGUGUUGUUCGAGCUCAGGUGGCGCCGUUUUUUGCUCAGGCCGUCUUUAGUCACGAUCGACUCGAUCUCGCUCAGCCGCGACGGCACAGAGAUCCCGUUCUUGAACAGCACGAACGGCGUGCCCACGAGAAGCGGCCGCUCGAUGUUGAACAGGUUUAGCUCGCACUUGAAUUUUUUCACAGGUUGCAGGACGUUCGACGCCAAAGUCACCACGUCUCCUAUUUUGAUGUUUUCACACGACGCCAGCUUCUUCAGCUUCAACUCCACAAACUCGCCCUCCUGCGCAAGUUUCUGCAGAUCGUGCUUGAUCACCGACGACCCAACGCUCGAGGCCGUGAUCGAGAUCGAGUCCACGACAGCCGUCUCCUGGCUCGGAGAAAUGCUCACCGUCUCGCCGGGCUGGACGAUUCCCGAGUUGAUCCUCCCGCUGAUCACCAGCUCGUCGUUCUUGCUGGACUCUCGGAUAUCGCUGAUUACCAUGACAAAAGGCCAAGUCUUGUCCACAACGUGACUGACCGCUCGAUUUUCCUGCUCCAAAACUUGCAGCAGUGUAGGACCCGUGUACCACGACAGAUUCUUGCUUGGCUUGACAACGUUGUCGCCGAGGAAACCCGACGUCGGCACAAAAACCAGGUUCGCCACGUCGUACGCCAGCUCGUCGACGAGAAACUGUCUAAUCUGGUCGCAAAUCGCGUCGUACACCGUCUGCGACCAUUGCGUGACGUCCAGCUUGUUGAUCGUCACCACACACCGCUCGAUGCCGAGACUCUUGGCAAUGGUCAAGUGCUCUUUGGUCUGGCCCUGGUUGCUGAACCCGCUCUCGAACGAGUUUGCGUCGAUGUUCAUGACCGCUAGGUCGGCCUGGCUCACUCCGUUGAUCAUCUGCGGAACGUAGUCUUGAUGGCCCGGAGAGUCGAUAAUGGUAAACUUCUGCGUUGGCGUCUCGAUCUGUGUCUGACAAAUGUCGACCGUGACGCCUCGGGAACGCUCCUCCUGCGUCUGGUCCAUAAUCCAGGCGAGCGAGAACGACGACUUGCCCAUCGCUUCGCUCUCUUUAGUGAGCUUGUGCAGCGUCUUGGAGUCGACAAUUCCCAGAUCGUAUAGCAGCCGGCCGAUCAGCGUGGACUUGCCCGAGUCGACGUGGCCGAUCACGACAAACGACAAGUUUGGCUUGCUGUUUCUCUUGGCCAGCUCGGCGUCGAUAUCGAUUUUCUGUUUCGGCUUCGAUGCCACCGGCUUUGGCUCUUUUAUCUUGAUCUUGGCCACUUUCUCUGUGAGGUUCUCUACUUUGCGGUCGUCGGGUCCCGGCUUCGCAAAAUUCGCAGCGGCUUUCUUCGCUAGAUCGGUGUUAGUAUACAGACUGAUUUCGGGCAACGGAGACGGUGGCUCUGUGGGGCGCACAAAAAGAAGAGAAAUUAGACUCGACGGAGCGGUAGUCAGUAUGCUGAAUGAUGUAGUAGACGGAAGCGGAGGAAGUAGGGGGACGGGCUCGGCAUCUUCCUGUUUCUGUAUUUCCAGAACCCCCUGUUCUUCCUGUUUGGUCUCGGCCGGUUUUGGCCUUCUCAAUCUCUCUCGUUUUGGCGUGUUCUUGACCUUCCCAAGAAGACCAGACAACCCCUCUCUGCCCUCGUUUCUGAGCCCGCGCAGGCCCGUGCGUUCUCUGCGUUGCUGUGCCAGCAGCUCCAGCUUCGACAUUGGCCGUUCUACUUGUUAGAAUCCAAUUGGGACCACCCUCAGGGACCACCCAUACGUACUCAUCAUACUCACGCUUGUAGUUCUGCUUCACCUCCUCAAAGGAGUCUUCUACGCUGAAAUAGUUGCUCCAUAGAAUUUCUUUCAACGCCUUUUCGUCCACCUGGUAAUUCUUCGCCAAGGCCUUGAUUUUGGGAAGAGCGUCGUACAACUGGUCGUAUUCGUCGUCGUUCAACGCGUCUUCGUCAAACCCCAAGUCCUCGUUUUCGUAAUCGCGCAAGUCGUCGUCAUCGAAGCCCCCCAUAGGGAAUAAAUAUUAAAUAAAUAAUAAAAGGUAUGCUAAAAAAACCAGUGUGUCGUACACACCCAUAGCUGGUGUCUGGGUGAAAAUUAAAAUUGCUGGAGCGAGACCCGCGGCGUCAUGAUUUGUUCAGCAAGUCGCUGACGCGAGCUUUUAUGCAGUAGGGACACAUCAUGUGGUUGCAGCGGUUGCAAUCAAACCGAUUAAUGGUUUUCGCGAGCAGCUGGUCGGCCAUGGAAUUCCAGUAGUCGUCGUCCGAAAUGUUGGGGCCCGCAGUUUUCAGCUGGCUGCGUUCCACGACAAAAUGGUCUAAAUCGCCGUAGCUCUUGCCACACUGGCAACAGUACCACUGUAUGAUCUUCAUCUGGUUGAGGCCCUUGAGCUUGGCGACAGACAGCUGGCCCAGAACGUUGAUGGCCUCGUCCUCCUCUUUGAUAGAAGUCGGAAUGGGCAGAUCCUCGUGCACGUACUUGACGCCAUGAAUCUCUCGGAUAAGUCGUUUGACCUGGUCGUGCGAAAACUUGUACUGGUUGGGCGCUGGCUCGCACGUUGGCGUGAGCGACUCCUCGGAAACCCUCGGCUUGUCAUUCGGGUUGGGCUCGGAAUGUCUAUAAAGGUUGCUUCCGGGCGACGAAAGCGUGGUGAAGGAUCUGUGCGGGCCGAAUUCCGAAGACCACAGGCUGCCCAGGCUGAUGGACUGGGUGGAGUCGCGUCGUAGAAAGCAAUCGUAAAUGUUGCUUCCGGCGUAGGUGAACUGCUCGUCCAGCGGGGUUCUCAAAGGCGAGUUUGCGGAGGUCGGUGUGUUGGACGGCGAGCCGAGAAAAAGGUUGGGGUUUUGUUCGAGGCUUGAAUGUCGGAACUGGUCCUCUAGAUCAUGAAUAUGUACCGGAUCGAUCUCAAGUUUUGGUAGCUUUAUCCGCUUUUUCGAGGGGCUUGAAGCGUAUCGUCUGAGACUCAGUGGCUUGUGGUUCUCCCCUUGUGUGCUCAUGGAAGGAACGGUGCUAAUGAGGGUGUUAUAUGUGAAAUGACAUAAAUGGCUCGGCUACCGGGAACAAUGUGUUUUUUAUAGAUAAGUCGACUUC